AUGUUUGCAGAUUUCGAAUCGAUUAACUCUGCAACUAUUGGUGAAAUUCUUUCGGAUCUAAUUCAUCAUGAAGUAAAUGUAGCUAAUACAAACCCGAAUCUAGAACCAUCAACAGAUCUUCUCACAUUUCUUUCUGAUACAUCAGAAAUUUUUCAUAUACUUCGAAGAAUAAUAACAAAAAAAUGUUCAUGUCAAUUAUUAAAUCCAACAAAUUUUAUUCAAUAUCAACAUUUAAUUGAUAUUCUUCAUAGUUCUGAAUUUAUUCUUGAAUAUCUUCGUCAAUAUCAUUCAAAUGAAAAAAUAUUUUUAAUUGAAAUUUUAACAUAUCUUUAUCAAAUUUUAUCAUCAAUGAAUAAUAACUCAUAUAAAUGUCAAUAUAUUUGUCAAUGUCUUUUUGAUAUUCUUCAGAAAUUAGAUAAGAAAAAAGUUCUUAUUUACAAUAAGAAGUAA